AACCAUUGGAAAGCCGAGGAUGUGGUUGUUCAUAUCCUCUUCCUCCAACCUUUUUAUUGCCCCUCUAAUUUCCAUCUGUCUGUUGAUGCAUCUUCAGUUACAUUCCUACCUUUCCUCCCGAUGUAACGUCGUGUGUGACUCCUCUAUUCCCUCCUCUGCUGGGAUCUACCUAUAGAUGGGUAGCAUCUCAUUUCUCUGUCAGCCCGGUAUGUUGUUCGUGGCCAUCAGUCCUCUUCUCUGGGUCCACCAGGGCGUCAGGCCUUUCUUCAAUACUAUUCGCCCUUUUUCUUUUUUGUUUUAUCUCGAAACAGUGCUGCAGAUAGAUGAAGAAGAAACGCAAGAGGGGGAGGAUGAGAAACCAAGAGAGAGAGGUAGAAAGAGAGAGAGAGAGCUAGAGAGAGAGAGAGAGGUAGAAGGAGAUGGAGAGAGAGAUGGAGACCAAGGUAGAGAGAGAUAUAGGGAGAGAAGGGUAAAAAGAGAGAGAGAGAGAUAGAUAGAUAAAGAGGGAGGUAAAGAUAGGUAGAAAGAGAAAUAGAGAGAGAGAGAGAGAGAGAGAGAGGGAGAGAGGCAGUGAAGAAGAGGAUGUGGGAAUGUGUUAGUGAGUUGUAAUGCAGUGUGAUUCCGGGUGAGGAGCUCAGGGAGGCAGGAAUAAAAGGGAAUUUGAUUAAGGAUUCUCUCUGUGGAGAGAGGCUCUCAGCCUCGGAGCUGUUAGACAGAAACGAUCGGCAAAGUGGCUACAUCAACCCUGACAGCCCGGGCCUGCUCCCUCCACAUGGUCCACCGGCACCGCGCACACAGGAGACUCAACAACCGGACUGGCCAUGCACCAGUCCCACUGCUUCAAGCACUACUCUCUAUAAAGCUGAUUCAAUAACACCAGGCCAAACAGCAGACAAAAUGGGAGCUUGAUUAUAGUCAGUUAUAUUGACAAAGGACUAGCACAAAUCAAAUGGAGAUCCUUUUUUCUAUGGUCUAAAAUUGCCACGGUUUGAACUGUAAUACUCAUCCAAAGGGAGAGGAAGUAGAGCCAUAAGUGUCCCUUUUAAACCCCCUGAAGCUGAGGAGGAGGCUGGAGGUGAGAAUGAAGACGACACAGAAAACGAAAGUGAAAGAGAAAGCACAUCGAUACCCACCACUGCCAACACAGAGGGAGAAAGCUCAACCACGGCUACCAUGGAACCUCCACAAGAGUCCGCCCGGUACACCAGCGCCCCUACCUGGGGCGGAGAACCAGAGCUCAGUUCUCGAACCCUUACAGACGUAGCAGGGUCGUCUUCCACACUAGCUGUUGGCGUGGAGGGCUCGACCCCAGCCGACACAGAGACACAGACUAUGUCUUCUAGCACCUCCACGGUAUCUCAGACCUCAUCUGUCACUGGGACAGAGUCCCCCGGACCUCUACAACCCCCCACAGUCGGGGGUCCUUCCUCAUCUUUACCGCCCAUCCCCUCAGAGGAGAACAAUCCCACCAUAUCCACCAGACCAGGCCAGUCUACACGCCCAGAGCCAAUCACCAGGCAGGAGUCGGAGCUGGUGGAUCCACUUGUCAAACUAGUGACCAAACCUUUCCUGGUUGCUUCUGGAGAGCUACCUUCUCCACAGGCUGAAGAGACUAAACUACCUCCAGGACGAUCUGAAUCGUCCACACGUCCUGUCCCACAAGAGACCAAUCUAAAUGCUGUUCCAAGUUUGCUCGAAACCAAACUGUCAGAGUCAAGGCUGGAAGAGAAAGAGGUGCUUACUGUCCCUCUGACACAUGGAGGAGAGGGGAGCGACACGGGAGCGACACACAGCUCCUCUGGGAGGAGUGAGGAGCAGGACGCCGCCCAGGAGGAGGAGGGGAGGGAGAAGAAGAAAGGUACUCACAGGAGCGGAGCUGCCUGCUAGGGUUAGCGUAGUGUAGUUCCCCUUCAAUAGUUCUGAGGAAAUACAAUGUUGUUGUAAUAAUGCUGCUUAUAAGCUGCUAUCUUUGUAUCUAUAUAUCUAUCCACCCAUCUCUAACUAUCUAUCUCUUUCUCUGUAUCUAUCUUUAUUUAUAUAUCCAUCCCUAUCUAUCUUUCUAUUUCUAUCCUUCUAUUUCUAUCGAUCUAUCUGAAGUAUCUAUUUAUCUAUCCAUAAAUCUAGAUCUAUUUAUCUAUCUAUCAAUCUAUCUGCUGUAUCUACCUGUUUAUAUCUGCAGUAUCUAUCUAUCUACAGUAUCUACCAGUUUAUGUCUGCAGUAUCUAUCUAUCUACUGUAUCUACCUGUUUAUGUCUGCAGUUUCUAUCUAUCGACAGUUUAUAUUAGAAUACUUGUGGGCUUCCUAGAGCUUGACCUACAAGGCCUAACCUGUUUGCAGACAGCAGCUGGUGCUAGAACAGAGCCCGUGGUUUAUAGCUGCUAGUUUCCCAUGGCCCUCUGUUAGCUCUGCCCUCUCCAUAACACCCAGCACCGCGCCCACAGGCUCAGCCGCGUGUGAGUAGAAUAGUGCCGUAGGUGCCGGCAGACGACUCCAGCAGAGUGUUAAACCUCAGAUUCCUUUAAUCCCUGAAGGGCUUCUGGGGCUCUUGAUCUCGGGAGGGCCCGAGGCCAGACAGUUGUUUGGAAUCAUAUACGACGAAU